UUAACCAAAGAGCCUUAGUUGUGGGUCCCGCAUUGCCGCUCGGGCUCUUUGGCCACGUAGGUUGUCUGGUAACGUUGUCAUGACGGGUGAUAUUCUUCUCAACGGGAAAAAGAGGCGACUAAGCUACGGCGUUGUAGCUUACGUGACACAAGAAGACGUGUUGUUGGGGACCCUAACGCCACGAGAAGCCAUCACAUAUUCAGCCAAACUGCGUCUUCCGACAACCUUAACCAACGAGGACAUAAAAGGAAUCGUGGAGGGGACAAUCCUAGAAAUGGGGCUGGUGGAUUGCGCCGAUAGGGUGGUGGGUAACUGGCAGCUGAGGGGGAUAAGUGGUGGCGAGAAGAGGCGGCUGAGCAUUGCCCUAGAAAUCCUCGUGCGGCCCCACAUUCUGUUUCUUGAUGAGCCGACCAGCGGUCUUGACAGCGCAUCGGCUUUCUUUGUCGUUCAAGCCCUCAAAAACAUUUCCCGGGACGGAAGAACGGUUAUCUCUUCUAUUCACCAGCCUAGCAGUGAAGUCUUUGCAUUGUUUGAUGACCUCUAUUUGCUCUCCGGUGGAGAAACCGUUUAUUUUGGAGAGGCCAAGAAUGCUGUUCAGUUUUUUGCGGAAGCAGGAUUUCCAUGUCCAAGUAGAAGAAAUCCGUCGGACCAUUUUCUAAGGUGUAUCAAUUCAGACUUUGACAUUGUGACAGCAACAUUGAAAGGCUCAAUGCGACUCCGUGAAACAGAUAAGAGCGAUUAUCUGAUGAAUAUGGCGACAGCGGAUAUCAAGGCUAUGCUUGUCGAAAAGUUUAGAAGAUCGGAAUAUGGCGCAAGGGCGAGAUCAAGGCUUCAAGAACUCUCUAGAACCCAAGAUAUUGAAAUAGAGACGAUUAAGGGAAGCCAAGCAGGAUGGGUGAAACAAUUGGUGACAUUGACUCAAAGGUCAUUUAAGAACAUGUCAAGGGACCUCGGAUAUUAUUGGUCGCGCAUAAUCAUCUAUAUAAUUGUUUCUGUAUGCGUCGGAACCCUAUUUUUUAGGGUUGGCACCAGCUACACCGCUAUCUUGGCUCGGGGAGCUUGCGGUGGAUUCAUCACCGGAUACAUGACCUUUAUGUCCAUCGGAGGCUUCCCUUCGUUUGUAGAAGAAAUGAGGGUGUUUACCAAGGAAAGGCUAAAUGGACACUAUGGGGUUGGAGCUUUCGUAUUGGCGAACUUCUUUUCGUCCUUCCCAUUCUUAGUAGCAGUUUCAUUGCUCACGGGGACGAUCACUUUUUACAUGGUGUUCCAGGCCAGCUUUUUGCAAUACGUUUUCUUCUGCCUUAAUCUCUUUGGAUGCAUUGCCAUGGUCGAGAGCUGCAUGAUGAUCGUCGCCUCCCUUGUUCCAAACUUUCUUAUGGGUAUCAUCACCGGUGCCGGAGUUUUGGGAAUUAUGAUGAUGACGGCGGGAUUUUUCCGUUUGUUGGAUGACCUCCCGAAGGUGUUUUGGCGCUAUCCGAUUUCGUUCAUAGGUUAUGGGGCAUGGUCCCUCCAGGGUGCGUACAAGAACGACAUACUUGGACUUGAAUUCGACCCGUUGUUUCCCGGGGGAGAUAAGAUGAAAGGAGAAGACGUGAUACGAAACCUUUUCAAGAUACCACUUGAUCAUUCCAAGUGGUGGGAUCUCGUUGCCUUGUUUAGCCUCAUCGUGGUGUACCGGCUCGUGUUCUUCCUCGUCCUCAAGGCAAAGGAACGCGUGUUGCCCUUCUUCCGGUCGGUGCGCGCGAAGAGGACAUUGCAUCGGCUCAGCAAGCGCCCUUCUCUCAUAAGAAGACCGUCCGUGUCUUCUAGAAGGUACCAGAACAUCCGCUCGUUGUCUUCGCAAGAGGGCCUCAGUUCUCCACUCCCAUAGAUUCACUAGUUGUGUUCAUAUCAUUAGGUAUAAUCCUUGGUGAAGAAAAAAAACAUUGUUUUUUGUUGUUAUUUAAUUUUAUAAUCACUUUUGGUUUGAUCAAGUUGGUGAGUUGCUUCUGUUGUAAUAAGUUUAUUUUUAGUCAGGUGUUCACUCACAUUUGAAAGACUGUAAACCAUAGCUUCCUCACAAAAUUAUCAAUACACUUCCUCUAUUCCAAAAAAAGAAGUCUCUAAAUU